AAAACCACUUUAGAUUUCUCAAAAUCCUAGUUUACAAAGCAAACACAGUUUACUUGCCAAAAUGAAAAGUGUUACUUUUCUUGUAGCUUUUGCUCUUUUGGUUUUGGCUUCCUCAAUUGCCUCUGCUUAUGAUCCCAGCCCUCUUCAAGACUUCUGCGUAGACCUCAAUGACACCAAAAAUGGUGUGUUUGUGAAUGGGAAGGUCUGCAAGGACCCGAAGCUCGUCAAUGCGGACGAUUUCUUUUACUCGGGCCUUAACAUUGCUGGAAACAUCUCGGAUUCAGUUGGUUCUAAAGUCACUCCUGUUACUGUUAAUGAACUUAGAGGGCUCAACACCCUUGGCAUAUCCCUUGCUCGCAUUGACUUCGCACCAUAUGGCGGUCUAAACCCACCGCACACUCACCCUCGCGGCACAGAAAUCCUUGUAGUCGUUGAAGGACAACUUUACGUUGGAUUCGUCACGUCCAACGCAAACAAUAACCGUCUAUUCACUAAAAUCCUAAACCCCGGAGAUGUCUUUGUGUUCCCAAUCGGUCUCAUUCACUUCCAACUCAAUAUUGGGAAGACCAACGCAGUUGCAUUUGCGGGUUUGAGCAGCCAAAAUCCUGGUGUCAUUACAAUAGCAGAUGCCGUGUUCGGGUCCAAUCCUCCCAUCAAUCCUGAUGUACUCACCAAGGCAUUUCAAGUAGACAAGAACCUUGUGAACUAUUUACAGAAACAAUUCUGAUAUAGCAAUUAAAAAUAUUCAGUUUUUAUUAGUACCUCAUUGAGGUCAUAUGAUAUUGUCUUUUUAUAAUAAAGAGGUGUGUAUUGUGCCUCAAUUUCAAUGCUGGUUUUCUACAACUAGUUUCUCCCAUGUUUGUUUUGAUUAAUGAUAAUAAAGUAAUUGUUUCUUUGCUGUA